AUAUCACCACCCCUCCCGUCAUUUGAUUGGUUAUAUAUGAAAUGUAGAUUGUGGCUAAUACGCUCCAACGGAACGCUUGCUAUGGUUCGCCCGCUUAAAGGGCCAGGAGGCAGUUCCGUCUCAGCGUGCUGGAACUGGGCAACUUAUGGGACCGUUCGCAUCCGAAACCGUGAGACUGGAAGCGAAUACGUGAACUUUUGAGACCUAACACGGAUAGCCGCCGGUGUAAACUCGUUCCUGUUACCGGAGUUCGGAGCUGUCAUCGCCUCGCUGCAAGGUUGACUUGCUGAGUUAAAUCCAGUGUGUGAUGUUGACAUCUCUCCAAUCAGGACCAUGAUAAUGGCCUGGCUCCACCCUCACCUGAUCUCCGUUGUCAUCAGUUUGAACACUGACUGUGAACUUUGCUGAAGAGACCAGAGGGAGGGAUCAUGUUAUCCAGUACAUGGAGGCGUUCCGUCGGGCAUCAGCAGCCCAACUCAUCACCCUCUGUGAACAGCAGAGCGGUGACAGUGUGCGGGGUCCCCAGUGGGACGGUGGUCCUGGAGGCCCAGUAUGACUACAACUACCGCGGUGCUGAUGGGAGACAGGUGUGCAUCAGAGAAGGAGAGAGAUUCAUUCUCCUGAAGAAGACCAACGCUGACUGGUGGCAGGUGCGGAGGAUAGGAGCCGCAAGCAAAACAAAGCCACUGUACGUACCCGCCACUUAUGUGACAGAAGUGCCGAUCGCUCCGAUGCCAUCCACCCAGCGCAUGGUCAUGUCCACCUCACUGAACUCAAACUUCAGGACGCCGCCAAAAGUAUUGCUCACUCCAAGUCCAACAGACCUGAAGGGGACUAAUCAGCGCCAAGGUACACAAGUGAACAGAAUCCUUUGCCGCUCCAUGGAAAACCUCAACUCCCACAGUGCCUUCCACAGGCAGGAAAACACCAACACCAACAAUGGUUUCUCCACGCCUCUCUCUGGUUUCGCCAUCAUUGCCAACGAUUCCUCUUCGGGUCACCUCACCGUCCCGGAGUCCUCUGUUGGCGUCGCAGGUCAAACUCACAGGGUCGUCCCCAUGAUCACACGCAGCCAAAGCUCCAGCAACCUUCCCGAAAACUCAAUGGAGAACCCGUACGAUGAAGUGGGCGGGGGCAUCAGCACUAGAGUCAGCCAUAGAUCCCCGAGGAAAUCCAGCAGCCAGUGGGACAUGGUGGGGUCUGCCUCCAAGAAAAACCACCUCCAGAGAGUAUCUGCGGGGCCCAAAACCUCCUCCACCUCUGGCUGUUCCAUUCCGGUCCACUGGAGGAGCCACAGAGAAGUCCCAACAGAGUCUUAUCUCUCCCAGCUGUCGUGGCAGGAAUCCCCCCUCUAUAAUCAAAUACAGCAAGAGAAACGUUCCUCCCAGGAGCCUCCGAUGCCCAGCCCCGGUCAGCGCCCUCUCCAGAUUAUGGAUCUUUGGGAACAGUACUUGGACCCGUCGUCACUAAGAUGCUUCUACGUCAACACUGUCACCAAGGAGAGGUCGUGGAAACCACCUCGACGAGCCCGCGGAGUCAACACCAGCAAAGAGGUCAGUGUGAUGCAAACGCUGCCCAGAGAUGCAAAUCAUCUUUCACUUCCUCUUUCUGCUGCUGGCAAUGGAACCAUGCACAGGAGCAUGCAGCGCGCAGUCUCCUCUGACACCUUGUGCACGUUCAACAAAGUUGACACGCAGUCUCGCCAAUCUGAACUCCUGCAUGACAUCAAGCCGCAGCUCUGCCACUCUCAGUCCAUGGUCCUGCCUGACAAUGGCAAGCUCGUCCAGCCGUGCAGAGAUUUCCCCUGCAACCUCGCCAACAUCGUCGUGGAGCCUCCCUCACCGGGAAGUUCGCCCGACAGUGACGGCAGCAGACCGGAGUUGGAAAAAGCUGGACUCCUCAACAAAACCAAAAUCGCAGAAGGUGGACGCAAACUCAGGAAAAACUGGAGUCCAUCUUGGGUCGUGUUGGUGGGAAACAGUCUGGUUUUCUUUAAAGACCCGAAGUCUCAGACGCCGUCCAGCUGGAAACCAGGCAACAGUCGACCGGAGAGCAGCGUGGAUUUACGAGGAGCGCAACUUCACUGGGCCAAUGAGCUUUCCAGCAAGAAAAACGUCUUCAAGUUAAGGACGGUCACUGGAAACGAGUUCCUGCUGCAGUCAGAGACGGACUCUCUGAUUGAUGAAUGGUACAAGACCAUCAGGAGUGUCAUCGACAGACUGGACCGUGAGAACCCUCUGGACAAUGUCCUCCUCUACUCUCUGAGGAGGGCGGGCAGCGUGGAGAUGCUGGACAACAGUGGAGACGAGGAUGACAAGAGGACGACACGCUUCCUCCACCCCUCCAUACUCUCUUCCAUUCUCUCCUCCAUCCAGCCCACUUAUAUUUUCUCAUGGCCACCGUGGCAGAUCAUCCCUCCCUCCGUUCUGUCACACCUCCGCCGUCGACCGGCUCUACCGCUCUUCAUUCUCACCACCAUCCCUUCUCAUCUGCUGUCUAGCCCCGCUCGCAAUCGCCCUGCACUCACCUGCUCCUCCCACUCCUCCCUCUCUUCUUCUCCCUCCUCAGUCCCCCGCUCGUCGUCCAACCUGGAGAACACGGAGAAGAAGAGGGUGAAGACGCGUCUGAAGAAAUUGAUUCUGAAGCGGCCUCCUCUGCAGGCCCUGCAGGAGAAAGGCCUCAUUAAAGAUCAGGUGUUCGGCUGUCGUCUGGAGAUGCUGUGUGAGCGCGAGAAGAGCACCGUCCCUCGCUUCGUCAGGAUGUGCACCGAGACUGUGGAGAGGAGAGGUCUCCACACCGAUGGCAUCUACAGAGUUUCAGGAAACCUGGCAGUGAUUCAGAAACUUCGCUUCCUGGUGAACCAUGAGCGAGCUGUGACCACCGAUGGCCGUUACAUGUUCCCAGCAGAGUUGGUUCAAGAGGAGAAGCUGAAUCUGGACGAGAGCGAGUGGGAGGACAUCCAUGUCAUCACUGGUGCGCUCAAGCUGUUCUUCCGCGAGCUUCCUGAGCCGCUGGUACCAUACGGCUUCUUCACUGACAUUGUGGAGACCAUCAAGAUGAUGGACUACAUGGAUAAAGUCGACCGUCUGAAGUGUCUCAUCCUCAACAUGCCGCCUCCCAACUACGACACGCUGAAGUUCAUGUGCCGCCAUCUGAAACGAGUUUUAGAACAUUCAGACGCCAACCGCAUGACCACACAGAACAUCGGCAUCGUGUUCGGGCCGACCCUGAUGCGCCCUGAGCGUGACAAUGGCAACAUGGCGGUGAACAUGGUUUACCAGAAUCAGGCAGUGGAGCUCAUCCUCAGCGAGUUCGACCACAUCUUCGGCACCAGAGGCCCCUCCUGAUCCACCCGGUGCGGGAGGGGUGGUGGGGUAGGGGUGGGGGUUCCGAGCGCUCCUGCAGAUGGGCCAAAACACAGCCGUCGUACUCGCCCCGCUGACUCAUAUGGUGUAAAAAUGGAUUUGAAACAAUAAUUACUGGGUGACAAAAAAAGACAUGAAGCUGCUAAUGGUGACAUCUGGAGUCCACACUGGAGCAAAGAACCGGGCUGCUGGUUCUGCAGAUGUGAAGCUCCUGAUCGACAUUUGGACGGAUCGAAGCCAUAAAAGUCAAGACUCUUCCCGGCACGUCACAUUAGUUUUAUAUUAUCGUCUGUCAUGUGUCAGAUGGAGGACGUUCCUCGCGGCCGCACUCACAAACUUAGAAACCAUCUUACUGUGAAACCAGCAGCGGAGAGACCCGACCGCUGCUCACGUUGUAAAUGUUUGUGCUGAACUGGAGUAUAGAUGUUACAUGUUUUAGUGACCUUUUGAAGGAAGCACGUGUCAGAAAUCAUUUCAUCACAAACCCAACGUUAUCUGAGGAAGCCGCCAGUGUGCAUUAAAAAAAAAUCAUCUUCAUUAGUAAUGAAUAUGGAAAUUAUUUUGUAAGUAAUAUACAAUGAACAACAAAAUGUUAUCAUUAUAUUAAUAUAUCUAAAUUUGAAAUUGUCAAAUAUAUAUAUAUAUAUAAUUUUCUUUUAAGUGGGGAAAAAUAAAGAAAUAGGUUGCCAAGUCAAAAAAUAAUUUGUAAACAAUUAUUUAUCUAAAAUAAAGUCAGUAUUGUGUGAUAAAUCUAAUAAAAAUUCUAAUAUUUUUUGGGGGAAAAAUCUGAGACCACAUUCUGCUGAUAAUCCAAGAUGUAAAAAAAAUAAAAAAUAAAAAUAAAUUUUCUCGUCACUUAAAGCUGCUAGAGUCUCAGGUUUUCAGUGGUCGUGACCAGGAUGGACGAGGUUUGGAUCCAGAUUUUUACUUUCAAUUCUCAUAUGGCGACUGAAUUAAUGGGACCGAACGGAUUAUUCAAAACAACACUGGACAUUUUUGUCCAAAAAUGAUUGCGUUACCGCUCAGAAAUAAACAUUAUUUGCAAAUUUGAGAUUAAAAUUAGAAUAAGUCAGACAAAUAUUGUAAUGUAGAUGUGGAACAUAAAACCUCAUGUUACACAGCAAAAAAAGUGAAAAACAGCAGUGACAUAGUGAGGUUAGAUUAAAAUGAUCACCAUUUAAAAAAGAAAAAACAUUGAUUCUCUAUUGUAACUCAAUUAAAGUAAGACAAUACAUUUAGAUAAAUAUUAAAGCAUUUGGGAAAACAUUUUAACAAAGUCACUUGCUAAUAUAUAUAUUAUGUAUAUCUCUAUACAUAAAAGUAAGUAAAAUAAUAAUGGAUUCAACUGGACACAAACUCAAUCCAUGAACAUUUCAGUCACCACCUUGAGUUUCCUGUUUGAAUUCGCACCUGGUGAGUGCAACCGAAAUUGUCAAGGGAUGAAUGUGCCAUGAGGGCGACUACGUUCCUUCCCGACGCUCCGACAGUAGCUGUACGAACCUUUUGUCUUGCCCUUCAUCCUUUAUUGUCCCAAACAUUUCUUUCAUCGGUCGUGUGACUUCUGGUGUCUCCCUGGUCAAUUCUUACGUUGCUGAGUCAUGAUUGUGUCGUCGCUCACCACAUGGACCUGGUUUAACUGCCCUACAAUAAAAAAAAGAGAGAAA